AUGGACAAGUGGGAACAUAAACGAGUAUCAAAAUAUGGAACUGAUGAACUCGAAAGAUCUCGGCAUUUGAAUAACUUGAAGACGGCCAGUUCGUUCAAGAAUAUGGGGUAUUCCUUUGCUAGAUUAGCCCUUCGAGGCAUUAAGCAAUCAGGGCCAAGCCCAAGCGGUCCAGGCCACAGAUCAUAA